UCAGCCACCAGUCUGUACUAGUGAAGGUUCCUUCUUUCUGCGACAAUUAAAGCAGUUCUCCGACUCUGAGAAGUAAGUCAAGAUUAUUAACUUUUAAGUCAAUACCCUUCUAGAUGGACUGUUAUUUAUGGUGUUCAUCGGUAAAUUGGUGCAAAGAGCUAAUAGGUCUAGACCCCAAUGGAUGUUCUUUGUUUAUUUUUUAUCAGUUUUAAGCUUCUGCUCUUUUUCUCUGGAUUAUGUUAUGCAACAACUGACACCAUUAGUUCAUCCCAGUCUCUUAGUGAGGGCAGGACUUUAGUUUCAAAAAAUCAAACAUUUGAGCUUGGUUUCUUCAGUCCUGGUAGUUCUAAGAAUCGGUACUUGGGAAUUUGGUACAAGAAGAUCCCAGUUCAAACAGUUGUCUGGGUUGCAAAUAGACUCAAUCCGAUCAAUGAUUCUUCCGGAAUUUUGAUGAUAAACAGAACCGGCAAUCUUGUUCUGAUGAGCCAGAGCACAAGUAUAGUUUGGUCAGCCAACUUGACAAAAGUAUCGAGUUCAGCAGUGGUUCAGCUCCUGGAUUCAGGAAAUCUUGUUCUAAGAGAUGAACAAGAUGGUAAUUUAGGAACUUAUUUGUGGCAAAGCUUUGACUAUCCUUCUGAUACAUUGAUAGCAGAAAUGAAGCUCGGAUGGGACCUAAAAACUGGUUUUGAACGGCGUAUAUCAGCCUGGAGGAGCCCGGAUGACCCAUCUCCAGGAGACUUUACUUGGGGAAUUGAACUACAAGAAAAUCCUGAAAUAAUUAUGAGGAAGGGUUCAACAAAAUUUUAUAGGAGCGGUCCAUGGAAUGGCCUUGGGUUCAGUGGAUCGCCAGAGCUAAGGCUUAAUCCAAUUUUUAAGUACAAAUUUGUGUCUAAUGAGGAGGAGGUUUACUACAUGUUCAAUGCAACAAAAAAAUCAGCGAUCUCAAGAAUUGUUAUGAAUGAAACCAGUAAUGCUCUUGAACGAUUCGUAUGGAAUGAAGAAAAUCAAAGUUGGAAACUGUAUGCAUCGGUGCCUAGAGAUCGCUGUGACAAUUAUAAUCUUUGUGGCUCUUAUGGGAUUUGUAUUCCCAGUGCAUUACCAAUUUGCCAAUGUUUAGAAGGAUUCAAGUCAAAAUCAUUGGAAAGCAUGGACUGGUAUCAAGGGUGCAUUCGCAAUAAGCCACUAAACUACUCUAAGGCAGAUGGUUUUAUCAAGUUUGAUGGAUUGAAAGUGCCAGAUGCUACACAUUCUUCAGUGAACAGAAGUAUGAAUCUCAAGGAAUGCAGGGAGAAAUGCUUAGAAAACUCUUCUUGUAUGGCAUACACUAACUCAGAUAUUAGUGGAGGAGGCAGUGGCUGCACUAUGUGGUUUGGUGAUCUGAUGGACAUGAAACAGUUUCCAGCUGGUGGACAGGACUUAUAUAUGCGAAUGUCUGCUUCAGAAAAAGGGGCGAAUGAUGAGCAUAAGAAUAUACCGAUAAUAGUUUUUACUACCAUUGCUGCGGUUGCUGUGGUUGCUGUGCUUUUGCUUAUCGUUGGCUAUUACAUACACAAAAACAGGAUAAACUUAGUAGAGAAAACAGAAACCAACAGGGGCAGCAGUCAUAGACAGGAUGAUCCAAAAGAUGACUUGGAGCUACCAUUGUUUGAAUUAGAUACCAUUUCUAAUGCCACUGAAAACUUUUCAAUCAACAACAAGCUUGGAGAAGGUGGCUUUGGACCUGUAUACAAAGGUACACUUGUAGAUGGACAAGAAAUCGCUGUCAAGAGGCUUUCGAAGAUUUCUGGGCAAGGAUUAAACGAGUUCACGAAUGAAGUUAUACUGAUUGCCAAACUACAACAUAGGAAUCUUGUAAAGCUUCUUGGGUGCUGCAUUGAAGGAGAUGAGAAAAUGCUGAUAUAUGAAUUCAUGCCCAACAACAGCCUAGACUCUUUUAUUUUCGAUCAAACAAAAAGCACAGUAUUAGAUUGGUCCAAGCGUUUUCAAAUCAUUUGCGGGAUUGCUAGAGGUCUUCUUUAUCUUCAUCAAGAUUCCAGAUUGAGGAUUAUACAUAGAGAUCUGAAAGCAAGUAAUGUACUACUUGACCAUGAGAUGAAUCCGAAAAUUUCAGAUUUUGGCUUGGCAAGAACUUUUGGCGGAGAUGAGACAGAAGGAAACACAAAAAGAGUUGUUGGAACUUAUGGAUAUAUGGCUCCAGAAUAUGCCACUGAUGGACUUUUCUCAGUAAAAUCUGAUGUCUUCAGCUUUGGCAUUUUAAUGCUAGAGAUAGUAAGUGGAAGCAAAAAUAGAGGGUUUUAUCAUCCAGAUGACAACCAUAACCUUAUAGGACAUGCAUGGAAACUGUGGAACGAAGACAAGCAACUGGAACUGAUUGAUUCAGUAUUGGGAGAUCAAUCCUGCAAUCUUUCAGAAGCGAUAAGAUGUAUCCACAUUAGUCUCUUAUGUGUUCAACAGUAUCCUGAGGACAGGCCAAAUAUGUCAUCUGUAGUUGUGAUGCUUGGUAGUGAGAACGAGUUGCCUCAGCCAAAGCAACCUGGCUUCUUGAUGGACAGGAAAUCACAGGGACCAGACUCUUCUUUAGGAAAGCCUGAAUCUUCUUCAACUAAUGAAAUCACUAUCUCAUUGUUAGAGGCUCGAUAGUUUUAAUUUUUAACCAUAUAUAUGCAGCUGAACUAAUUGAUACUAGACCAUAGAAAUUGUGAUUUCAUUUACACAAAUUAGCAAUGAGAAAUAGAUCAUGACUGCUGGGUAAAAUGGGAUGCUAUUAAUGUUGGAGUUUAGCUUGUGUCCAUUUUGAUUGAGGAUAAUCCUGGAGCUUCCUGUAUUUUCUGGAUUUGAUCUAUGAAAUAAUCUUGUUAA